CAAAAUUUUGGGGUAUUUUAGCAUUUGGUUGGGGACUUAUUUGAGAAAAAAUAUUGUUUUGGGGCUUAAUUGUAAAAUCUUUAAAAGUUGAGGGACUUAAAAGAAAGGAAUUAGGAUAAGGAUUGACUGCUUUUCCUUUUUCUUUUUCUUUUUCUUUCUUUCUUUCCCUCCCCAUCAGACCCGCGUGCCCUGCUCUUCCUCUCCCCCGACCCUCUACAGCCGACGAACCCCCCAGCCACUGCCACCCAUUUUUCGGCCGGAAAUCCGGCAAAGCUUAGGGAUUUCUCCCUAUUUUCUUGUCUUAGAACACCUGUUGAACCCAGAAAAAUCCCAGAUCUGCGUCUUCCUCCCUCUGCUGUCCGUCGGCUUCAACUUGUGGGUUUGAAAUUUCUGGGCAUUUUUCGCCGCAAGUUCCCCUGCAUAAUUUCUUCUUCUCUGCCGUCGGCUUCUCCCCCCUGCUAGGCUCGGUUUUGCUUGCUAAAUUUUGGUAAGUUGCCGGCUUUUCCAAGCUUAAAAUUACCCAUUUAAUUGCUGGGAGUAAUCCCGUGACUUAGCCAUUGUUGGCCAAAGCUGUGGGUCUCCAUUGCUUGUCUGGGAAAUUGGAAUGAAUUUUGGUGCAGUCACUGUUCACGCACUGUUCACGGGUACUGUUCACAGAACACUGUUCACACACCGAGGGUCAACGAUUAACAGGGAUUUAAAUGAUUAGUUUGUGAUAUAAGAAUGAAUGUGGAGAUGUCCAGUUAUGUGGAGAUUGAUAGGAAUAGCAUCGGGAUUAGGAGUGAUUUUAAUGAUGAUUUCAGUUUGAAUUUGUGAUAGUCCGGUAUUAAUUCUGAGGUGUUUUGAUUAGGUUCCUGAUCGUUCUAUCAGUUAGCAUUGAGAUUGAGUGCUCGGUUUUGUGCGAGUGAGGAAGUGAAACUGAGGACGGGGAAACCACGGGAAGUGACGAGUAAGAAGGCUAGCCAUUUCGAGAUUGACAUAGAUUUUAGAAAUAAAUCCUGCUCUUGCAAGCUAGAGUGUAUUUGGAGAUUUUAUGAUAUCAGAGAAAAUUUUAAAGAUUUGAUCUUGAGAUUUUGAGGUUGUCAUGUUUGGACAUAGAAUUAUUUUGAGAUAAUCGGAUUUGAGUUAUUGAAUUGUCAGAUGUGAAUUGGAUAAGUUUCGAGCCUUGUGCAUUUGUGG